GCGACCCGUGGAGGACGCUCGACCCGAAGGCCACUCCCAACCGUCUGAAAACGAGCUGGAAUUCUGAACCACGGAACACGGAGACGAAGAAGAAGAAGAAGACGAAGAAGAAGAAGAUGGCGAUGGGAGUAUAAAAGGAAGGCGAGUUCAGACAACAUCAGGCGUCAGACGCGGAGCGUGCUCAUGGGGUCGCCACUGCUGCUGCUGCUGCUGUUCUCCGUCUCCCUCCUCUCCGGCUUCGCCGUCGCGGAGAUCUUCUUCGAAGAGCGCUUCGAAGAUGGGUGGAAAGAUCGGUGGGUGUUGUCUGACUGGAAGCGGGCCGAAGGGAAGGCAGGGACAUUUAAGCAUACGGCUGGGAAAUGGCAUGGAGAUCCUAAUGAUAAAGGUCUCCAGACUUAUUAUGAUGCAAAGCAUUAUGCCAUAUCGGCAAAGAUACCAGAAUUCAGCAACAAAGAUCGGACUCUAGUCGUCCAAUAUUCACUUCGGCUUGAGCAGGACAUUGAAUGCGGUGGUGGUUACAUCAAGCUUCUAUCUGGUUAUGUCAAUCAGAAGAAAUUUGGUGGCGAUACUCCAUAUAGUUUAAUGUUAGGACCAGAUAUAUGUGGCUCACAGACAAAAAAGAUUCAUCUCAUAGUUUCCUACCAGGGGCAGAAUUAUCCAAUCAAAAAGGACCUCCAAUGUGAGACUGACAAGUUGACUCAUUUCUACACAUUUAUACUUAGGCCAGAUGCUUCAUACAGUCUAUUGGUUGAUAAUCGUGAGAGGGAAAAAGGAAGUUUGUAUACGGAUUGGGAUAUCCUUCCCCCACAGAAGAUUAAGGAUUUGAAAGCUAAAAAGCCGGCAGACUGGGAUGACAGGGAAUACAUCGAUGACCCUAAUGAUGGCAGACCAGAGGGAUACGAUUCAAUUCCUAAGGAGAUUCCAGAUCCAAAAGCUAAAAAGCCUGCAGACUGGGAUGAGGAAGAUGAUGGCAUAUGGAAACCACCUAAAAUUCCGAAUCCUGCAUAUAAAGGACCAUGGAAAAGAAAGAAAGUCAAAAAUCCCAACUACAAGGGUAAAUGGAAGACUCCUUGGAUAGAUAACCCAGAGUUUGAAGAUGAUCCCGACCUUUAUGUAAUGAAGCCAAUCAAGUAUGUAGGAAUAGAAGUUUGGCAGGUGAAAGCUGGUUCUGUUUAUGAUAAUAUACUGGUCUGCGAUGAUCCACAGUAUGCAAAGCAAAUUGUGGAAGAUUAUUAUGAAAGGAAUAGAGAGGCUGAGAAGGAUGCCUUUGAGGAAGCUGAGAAAGUGAGGAGAGCUCGGGAAGAAGAGGAAAAUGAAAAGGCCAGAGUGGAAGGUGAAAAGAGGAAGAAAAAGACGUGGGAGGCACUCCAGACGGCAUGACCCACAUGAUUACUUGGAUGAUUACCAUGACGAGCUCUGAUGACAUGCAGUUUUCCUCAAUCGUUUUUGCACUCAUAAAACAGAUGAGAGAUGCUUUCGUGCUGAAACAGCUUAUGGGUUUAUUAUAUCCUGUCCUUGAUGUGAGAAACUACGACAAACGCGAAGGUUAAUUUACCUGCAAUAGCUUGUGUUUGAGGAGCACAAUUGCUUCUAUUUUCUAGUAUGGAUCCUGGAAGUAAAUCCUGUCAUACUUUCGGCUUAAAUAUGAGGAUUGUUGGAGCCUUGUACUAUGAACUUUUUUCUUCAUUACCUGCAUAUGAUUCUACUGGCUGUGUUGUUAUGGUUACUAAAGAAAUUCGAGUUGCCUUUCCUUUUUGACAUUC